AUGCCAAAGCUCGACAAGAUGAGCCCUGAGGAGCAGGUCUCCAUCAGCAAAAAGAUGUUUUACGGUGGCCUUGCAUUUCUCCCGUUGCUAUGGCUAGUCAACUUUGUCUACUUUUUUCGCACCAUACGGCAACCAUCAGCACCACGCGAGAUGAGAAAGUAUGUGUAUAUGUCACUGGGUGGGUGUAUCGUAUGGUUCAUUAUCUUGACCACGUGGUAUGCACUCUUUGUUGAAAGGCGGACGCAAUGGGGUGCUGGAGCCGAUCGUAUCACCGUCGUUAUACCCAAAGGCAGCUAG